GUGUUUAUAUUUUUUUUAUGAAUUGAUGAACAUGUGUAGAGAGAGUGGCACGAUUUUGAAAUGAAAAUGUAAACACAGACAACUCACCGAGGAGAAAGUUGUGUAUUGUGCUAUUUUCAGUGGUUGUGUCAGGUAAACGUGAACUCUCGAGUCGAAAAAUGUAUAUAAUACUAACUAUUGCACUUUCGUGCUUAAUUGUGUUGCUUAUUUUACGCUAUCAGAGUUUACUGUUUGUAAUUUACGCUGUCAAGUAUGAAAUUAUUUACCUUUUCUUGGGCUUCAAAGCAGUAAUAGAAGAUUAUAUGUAUCGCAAAUGCGUCGAUGAAAUUAAAGAGUUCCCGCUGCGGCCGGGGGACGUGGCGGUGAUCACGGGCGGGUCCCGGGGCAUCGGCCUGCGCGUGGCCACCAGACUGAUGUCCUGCGACAUGCACGUCGUCAUUGGGUGCAGGAACGUGAAGCAAGGGAACGAGGCGUUGGCGCGGCUCAAGUCGGCCGGCGCGGCGAGUGGGAGCGCCGAGUGCCUCCACGUGGACAUGGCUUCCCUCGCAUCCGUCCGCCGGUUCGCCGAGGAGGUCCUGGCGAGGUGUCCCAGGAUCAACGUGCUCGUCAACAACGCUGGGAUCAUGUUCGCCCCGUUCGAGCUGACGGAGGACGGCUUCGAGUCGCACCUGGCGGUGAACUACCUCGGCCACUGCCUGCUGACGCACCUCCUGCUGCCGCGCCUCGCGUCAAGCGCCGCGCCGGGCGUCAGCAGCAGGGUCGUGAACGUCUCCUCGUGCGCGCACGAGUGCGCCGCCAUCGACUUCCAGGACCUGAACACACUGAACCGGUACCUGGGCACGGUGGCGUACGGGCGGUCCAAGCUGGCACAGGUGCUGUUCACGCGCGCCCUCGAGCGGCGGCUCCGCGCGGCCGGGGCGCCCGUCCAGGCGCACGCCGUUCACCCGGGCCUGGUCGACACGGACCUCUUCCACGGCACGGCCGUCAAGCUGCUGCUGCCCUGGGCGCUGAAGCUGCUCUUCAAGACGCCGGAGCAGGGCGCCGUGCCGGUGCUGUACGCGGCCGUGGGGACGGAGCUGGAGGGGGCGGGAGGCACUUACAUCAGCAACUGCAGUGUCGUCCCGUGCAGCGAGGCGGCGGCCCGCGAGACCACCCAGGAGCAGCUCUGGGCCCGCAUGAUGGGGAUGCUGCAGCUGGAGACCUUCGGCGGGCUCUAGCCGGCGUCGCGCACGCCCCUUGUAUCCGUCUCUCGUUUCCAUUGUCGUUUAGUGGACUUUUCAUAGUGAACAAAAAGAAAAAAACUACAUCCAGUUUCCCAGUUAUUGCCUUGUCUGAAAUGCCUACAACUCACGUAGUUUCGGUUCCCUGCAAGAAUUCCCGAAGAUUUCCGAAGUUUUUCGUAUUCGGUAUUAACGCCACUUCAGCCGCUAAUUCAGAAGUUUCCAAUUGAAAAACAAGCAUGUUGUGACUGACCUUACCCGACCUAACCCUUCGAUUUUUUUAAAUUUCAAUUUUUGAGAGAAAUCCAAAGUUUGCACGAACGUGGUAGGGAACCGAAACUACGCGAGUUGUAGGGUCCCGAAAUGCAGACCUGGUAUUGUAUGUAUGGCAUAGGCAGUAGCGGAUCCAGAGGGGGGGCUAAGGGGCUCAAGCCCUCUCCAAAAGCAUCUGGGUCCACUAUUGUUUUAGUGCUUGCCUUGAUAAAGCCUAGCCUCAGCUGGGUCAAGCCCCUCCCAAACCAAAAUCCUGGAUCCGUCACUGGGCAUAGGGACCACAAAAUAAAAAGAUAAAUAAAACUGCUCUGCAGCAGUGUCUGAAAAGGAUCAAUCAAAGCAUUGCCCCAAAAUUUAACUAAGAAAAUAAAUCAAACUUCACACGCAAAGUAAUACAAAGAAAAAAAAUUAUCGUUGCAUAAACAGACAAAACGCACGAACUUUAAAAAAGUAGUCGAGGUUAAUGUGUCCAUUAUCAAUGGAAUCUUCCUGAUUUGUUAAGAUACUUUCUGAAGACAGUGCAUGCUUAAACUGAGAAACCAUUUCAAAUACAAUAUCCAUGGCUUCUGCUUCAGUUAAAGACCCAGAUGAAAUUGACAUCUUGAGCUCUACACAACAAUUGACUGUUUAACAUACAAUAAUUUCCUUACUCAACAUUGUGUUCUUCGCAGGGUUUUCACGUUAAAACACAGCAUAAUUAAUUGUAUUGAUUUCGCAAAAUAAAUUACGAUUUUGUUUUAUUUAUUUCUUGAUGCAACAUUUUCCCCCGAUCCCCAAGGAUGGGCUAAAGAAUUUGCAAGUUGUCAGCACUGGGGUCAGGAAAGGAGAGGUAAGUAGAAAGGAAAGGGAAUACUUAUUAGUAGGGUGCAGCCAUUGAAGGUUCAUAAAUCUUGGAAGUAGAAUAUUUCUUAGAGUGCUGAACCUAUUCAAAAUAUGUUGAUCGUGCUUUGCUUAGUGAGCAAUACAAAGUUACCACCCACAUCAGCAUCAUUACAAUGUGUGAUGUUUUAGAACAGUCAUGUGAUCAUGCCAUUCUGAGUUAGUACUUCUACAUUUGGUUCCAGUGGGCUCUCUGACUCCAUUCAGAACUACU